CCUUUCGACGGUACUUGUUUUACAAACAGAAAAUAUGGAGUAAUGGCGGCCGAUAGUAAUGAUGAUUUUUUCGAAAGUGGUUUAGUCAAUUCAAGGAAGAGUAUUGCAGAACUCAACCAGCCACAAACAGAAAAACCACUGCACUACACAUAUCUCAAAGAGUUUCGUGUUGAUCAAUGUCAGUUAUUUCUGCAGCACAAAUGUACACAACAUCGUCCAUUUACUUGCUUUUCCUGGCAUUUUUUAAAUCAAAAACGUAGAAGACCAAAGAAAAACAAAAAUGGAACAUUCACAUAUAGCCCAGAUGUAUAUUGUCAGCAGUAUAACGAAACAACUGGUGAAUGCAUUCAUGGAGAUGACUGCCCAUUCCUUCAUCGUGUAGCUGGAGAUGUUGAAAGACGAUACCAUUUACGUUAUUAUAAAACGUCUCCAUGUGUUUAUGAAACAGAUACUAGAGGUUAUUGUGUCAAAAAUGGUCCCCACUGUGCAUUUGCUCAUGGCCCACAUGAUCUACGACAGCCUGUGUAUGAUGUAAGAGAGUUACAAGUAAUGGAACAAGAAGAAAAAGAUGGAGAUAGCACUAAACAAAUUGUGCCAGAAGACCCAAGAUGGCAUGAUACAAAUUAUGUGUUAGCAAAUUAUAAAACGGAAACUUGCCGGAAGCCUCCCAGACUUUGUCGUCAAGGAUACGCUUGCCCUCAAUAUCAUAACAAUAGAGAUAGAAGAAGAAGUCCUAGAAAAUAUAAAUAUAGGUCCACACCCUGCCCUAAUGUAAAACAUGGAGACGAAUGGGGUGAUCCUGCUCAAUGUGAGAAUGGUGAUAGCUGUGCAUAUUGCCACACAAGGACUGAACAACAAUUUCACCCUGAAAUCUACAAAUCCACAAAGUGCAAUGACAUGCAACAGACAGCUCAAUGUCCACGUGGACCGUUUUGUGCUUUUGCUCAUAUUGAGCAAGAUGGACUUCACUCUAUAGAUGCAACAAAGGGAUCUAUAUCAAUCAUACCGGACAAAGAGCUUUUACAGCGUCAAGGAUCUUGCAUUUCCGACCAUUCUAGUGUUCACAAUUCACCAUUACCAUCUCCUGCUAGCUUGCCAUCCAGUCGAGCAAAUCGUUCAUCUUCCUUAUCUGGACCAUAUGCCAAGAUUGUAGAAGGAACUGUCUCUAGUCUAGCAAAUACAUCUUUAAGCAGUAGUGCACCAGCAUAUGAAAAAGCACCAGGUUCAGGAAGAAGAAGUAGCAGUAGAGAUAGUGACCAGCCACAGCAUUUCUUUGGUCAGUUAUCUCAAUCUUCACAAGGAUCCGAACCGCGAACACCCUCAAAAGGCAUGUCAAUAUCAGCACCGUUAUUUCAUCCAGGAGCACUUCCAGAUGAAUCUGCGCUUGAUAAUGCUUUGCUGGAUGCCAUGGCAAAUGUAGAUAGCACUUUCGAUUUUGAUUUCCCAGAUAACGCCUCAGUGGGAUCCUCCUUUGGUGGUAGUACUGGAGGCAGUGGACUUAAUACUAGUAAUAUAAUAUUAGGACAAUUUUCAAAUAAUGGAUCAGAUCCUGUCUCUAUACCUGGAACUGAUGUUCGUCAUUCAUCGUUUACGUCACAGCAGUCACAUUCACCUACCUCUCCGGGAUUACAGCCCAAUGCAAAUAGUAGUUUUUAUUUAAAUCAGUCUGGCUCACGAGCUAGCUUUAUGAGAAGCCCAAAGUCAACUCCACUUGGAUUAUACGAAAUGAUUCAAUCUCCUAAAUUCAAUUCUCCUGCUCUCACUUCUCCCCUUGCACUUGGAAACUUUGGUAACAACAAUUCUGAUGUUCAACGUCUAACUGAAGAAGUCAUGUCUUUACGUACUAAAUUAGUGUCUUGGGAAGACUCCUGGAACCAAGCAAAGCAAGCAUGUGAAGCAUGGAGACGGGAAGCCGCUGAAAAGGACGAGAAAGCUAAAAUGGCUGACCGUGAGAGAAUACAUUCUCUAAUAAAAAUAGGAGAAGUUGAACACGAAGUUCGCAGUCUGAGGCAAGAAUUAGAAAAUCGAAAUUGUGGCCAAAGUGUCCAUUUAUUAAAAAAUGUUAGUGAUAUAGAAAAAUUACCAAUUUUAGACUUAAAGCAAAUUUUCAAUCAGUUAAAAAUAGAUUUGGACCUACUUGAAAAAGUAAUAAGCAAAAAGGAAUCUAUGAAGUGUACAAUAUGCGAGGAGACGCCACGUUGUGUCGUCACCUACCCAUGCACGCACUGCGUGAUGUGCGAGUCCUGUGCUGCAAAACAAAACGAGUGUCCAUUCUGUCACGCUGUUAUCACGCAAAAGAAUACAAUUUUUAUUCCUGUCUAGCGUGACUGCUUUUAGGAAAGUAAAUUAUUAUUAUUAUUAUUAUCAUUAUACUUGAGCGUUUACGUAACUCUUUUUUAGUUUUAUGUUCGUGCGUGAAUGUCUCCCUGUAUCAUUCUUUGUCAGAAAAAAAAGAAGCAUGUGUUUUUUCUACAAAUCAAUAAAAUUCGUCUAGCACUAAUUUUUUAAAUUUCUUAUUUUUAUAUUUCUAUCAAAAACUCGAGACUUCCAGUGCGAGGAAUGAAGUGAAUUGUUUUCCGUGGUGCUCAUUUAUUUGCUGUUAUUAGUGUCGUCCAUUUUGUCAUGAUAUAUAUAGGGCCUUAUAAAAUUGGUAAUCUUGCCGUUUUUGUUUUUUCUGAUCAAAGUUUUUAAUGAAAGGAUGAGGAGUUGUUAUAGUCAAUACAUUUUGCAAAAAGAAAUUUUUAAAGUAGCAGUGUGCGGCAAGUUAUAAAACAGUCCUCCUUAAUCUUCUUCUUUUCUUAAUGUUAAAUAUAUAUAGUUUUUAGAGUUGAAACUUUUAUUUAAAAAAAUAGCAUAGGAACACGUUUUUACAAUGUGUGUGUUUUUUUGUAGACAUCAUUGUUUUUGAUGGUGUCAUUAACUAUAUUUGGUUAGCCUAUGAAACCAAUAAAAGCAUGAAGAAAAAAAAAGGAAAUUGCAAGAACAGAAGAAACAAAAGGAGAUUCUGCUGUUGCUCUUUCUCUGUGAGGUUAUGAGAGUUUAAAAACUUUUAUUUAAAACGAAAAUUCUAUGUUUGGUUGACACGUUUAUAAUAUAGAUGGUUAAGUUAGAGUUGUUGCUGUGGUUUGCAUCUUUUUUUUUUUUUUUUAGUUGUCAGCCAAUAUAUAUAAUAAUAAAAAAAAAAACAACAACAACAAUCGAGCAUAAAGUAGUUAAACGUCUUCGCCAACAGGUCAUCUGUGUUAAACCCCCUGAUUCUAAGGUGUCUACAACAGCAUUGCUGAAGACACAUGCGCCUGUAACGUUUUUGAAGGUGCUAAUCUUGCUUUGCUAAAACUCUUUUUUAGCUUUUUGCUACUUAUUUUCUUACAAGGUUGAUGUAGUCUUUGAGUUUAUUGAAUUUGGGUUUUAUUGCUACCGGAAGGAAAGGAAUUGUUUGUGAAAGAAAAUUUGUGGAGUUUAAGUUUGCGAAUAAGACCGCGAAAAAAGUUGCGAAGGCGCUCGUUUUUAUUGAAAUGGUUGAAUUAAAGGUUGCGAAUAAGUAACCUCAAAAGCUAUUGUUUUGCUUAUAUCCUAUGUUCAAGAUUUCGCAUUUUUUUUCUUCCGCAAUUUUUCCACAUCUAUUUCUUCCCUUCAGACUCAUAGUUAUUGAAUUUAGAUUGUCUUUAAAAUUUUAAUUUUGUUGUUUAAAUAUUAUUUCAGGGUGCUAGGGAACUCCUAAUAAAAUACUAUUUAGCAAAGUCGAUAUACAUUAUAUUUUGUGAUAUAUAUCAACUUUGAUAAAAGUAUUCUCUAAUAUAUAUUGAUCUCCAAAAAUUUCCAUUUAUCAAUGUUGUUCAGGCAAAACAUUUUCGUAUCCGCUCCUGUGUAACAACAGGAUUUGUUCACAGAGCUUCUUUUAAAAAGAAUUAUUUGUCGAGCAACAAGCAGACCUUUUUCUGACAAAACAUAGCUUUACGUCUUUCCGCACAUAACAAAAACUGAUGCUUCAUGCUUCGAAGUGGUCACGGUUACACAAAACUAAUUUAAUCGUAUUAAGUUUUGCUCAGUGAUUGUGAACAGGGUAUCAAAUAAAUUCGGGAAAAUUACAGAAAACUUUCUAAAUUUGACAUAAAACAAUUCUUGAUGGCAUUUGAAAUGCGUGUUUGUUGUUAAUAUUUGCGAAGGAAAGCUACUACCCAAAUUCUUUCUACUUAUUUUUAUAUGUUGUCAUACUGUAAUUAGUACCACUAUCCUGUCCUGUAAAUUAUCAUCUUGUAAAUUAUCUAAGAAUUACACUAUUAUGAAGCCUGGAUGAACAUUUCUCCCUGUCCAAGUUGACAGAGUCGACGUUAUUUGUUAUUGGCUUUGAAGUACAUCAGAAGGUAGAAAGUGUUAUCUUCUUAGUAUGCAGAAAUUCUGACUGAACCAUAUUGAGCAACAGUUAUAGUUGUGGUUAAAAUUGUCAUCCAGGCUUGAUAAUCUUGUGGUAUUUAUUCUGAAAUAUUAUUUGUGCUUGAGAAUUAAAAAACAAAACAACGAAUGCCAACACCGAUUUUAUGAGCUCGACAAAUCGGCCCUUUCUUUAGUAUUGUCACAAGGAUCGUAUAAAGCGAAAAUAAAGAAAUGCUAUUUAAACGAACUACUGAAGUAGUACUUAUUCUCACAUCUCAAGCGGCUGCUCAGUUCCCUCACGAAGUUCUUCUUCAUAUCGUCCAGAGGAUCCGCCCAUUAACUUAAUAUCACUGUUUUAAACAAUCUCUGAUCAUCCUUUUGCACGUUUGAAUUAACGUACCCGCAUUUUUUUCUUAGUUUUUCAUUUUGAAUUAUGUAUGUAUCAUAUUUAGAUUUUAUUCUAAUCAACCAUUUUCUUAAUAUGACGUCAUACUGAUGACUUGUUGGAGACUUAUUUUUACUUGACCAUGUAAGGAAAUGUUGGAUUAUUCAAUAUUGUGCUUGAAAAGAAUAAAAAGAAUGAUGAAAAAAGUAUAUAUAACCA